AUGACCAACUCAUCACAUCUUCCUAAACCUACUUCCUUUCAUCAAAUCUUCACAUAUAGGUCCCAGGAUAAGCCCAACCACCCUUGGUUCUAUUAUCCUGAACCCGUAAAUGCUGAACAUUAUAGAGAGUUGACGUUCAAAGGAACCGAUGACUUGUUGAACCAUUUGGCUGCUCAGUACGUUAUGUUACUACCAAAGGCAGAUAAAAAUACCAUUAGUAAGAUGGCACCAAAGUCGGUUCCCAACCCUCCUCUGGUCGUAGCUACGCUAGGUUCUAAUACUGCCCAGACGCUAUUGACCGGCUUUUCAGUGCAACGAAUGCAGCAUGCCUAUAUGCAUAUCAGCCCUUUGAAUUCAGAUGCUGGCAUACUGUCACUACUGGAAAGCAUAGAUGCCAAAGUCCUGAUAGCCGAUAGCGUAUUUUAUGUGCGUGCCAAAACGUUGGCUGCACAAAUGGAAGGUGUCCAAUUAGUUCGCAUGAUCGAAUUUGAUCCUGUUGAUGAACUGAAAAGGGACCUAAAGCCAUUUGACUACGAUAAAACGAGAGAUGAAGGAGACAAUUGUUCCUUCAUCAUUCACACCUCGGGGACCAGUAGUUCUGCUCCAAAGCCUAUUUGGCACGCCAACAAAUCCUUCCUAGCCAGUCCACCAUUUGCUAUUCGUAAGGCUACAAUAACCACGGGGCUACUAUAUCAUGGAAUGGGAGGUAUUGUGGCCGUGUCAGCCGCUAACAUUUGUGCAUCCUUGGCGCUUCCAUUAGCCAAAAACCCUAACCAUAGGACUCUACCCGAAGUCAUCACCAGCGUAAAAGCUCUUCCAAAUGCUGAUUGUCUCAUCAUACAUCCCAUUCUUGCUGAAGCAAUUUUGGAAACAUAUGGCAAGAAGAAUAGUCCAGAGUUGGAUUAUUUACGCAGACUGAAAGCGAUAGAAGUUGGAGGUGGAAAGCUCUCCAGCAACAUCGCAAAUGAGCUACGAAAUUUAGGCAUAAAUGUUAGGGCCGCUAUUGCGUGCACCGAAAUAGGGACAUAUCCGCUACGAAAUGAGCCAACACAUGAGCACUGGGACUCGUUUGUGUCUGCAAACGAUUAUCAUGUCAAAUGGGAACAUAUCGAAGAAAACCAAUAUGAACUUCUAGUAAACGAUUCGCCAGCUCUAGCUCUGAACCUCGGUAUUGCCAAAGGCGGCAUAUACCAUACGAACGAUGUGUUUGAAGAAUCUCCUCCAAAGUCUGGAAAAUGGGUCUAUGUUGGUCGACGAGAUCUGAUGUUGAUCCACUCUAUGGGUCUCAAUACUAAUCCUGUUCCUUGGGAAAAUGCUCUUCGUCCUCUCCAGGAAAUCGAAGAAUGUCAACUUGUCGGUCAUGGUCGCCGUGGACCCCUUCUUGUUGUCGAAUUGAACUGGAAUAAUGUGGAAGAUGAAAGCAAGGCUCGCGAUAGUAUCUGGAAAGCUGUAGAAGAAUAUAACAAUACUGUUAUGGCAUGGUCAAGAGUUCAGCAUCCAGAGGCGGUAGUUAUUCUUCCUAUAGGACAUCACCUUGAGCGAAGUGAUAAAGAUACCGUUAAGCGUGGUAUCAACCUCAAGAAAUUUGAAAAGGAAAUCAAUGAAGGCUAUCAAGCUUGGGAUAGAGCUGCUCCCCUUGCCAAGGCAUAA